ACCAUACGAUCCUUCGUUUCUCGCGAUAAAAACCAAAUUUCAAAUUAUUCUCAAAGUAAUAUUGCAAUAAAUAAAAAUAAUUGUGCAAAUUCACUCCGCGGGCGCAAAUUGAACAAGUGGCAACCGCAUUCUAGACUUCGGUCUGAAGGUGUGCUUGCUGCCCAGCCAAGGAUAUGGGUAUGUGCAAGAUGCUGUGUGGCCUACCAGGCGCGUCGAAGGCUCGCUUCGCUAUACUGGCAUUAGUCACAAUGAUGAUUAACGUUGCAAUUGCCGAGGAUGAGUCGAUGGGACCGGUGUUUGUCAAGGAACCGCCGAAUCGUGUGGACUUCUCUAAUGGAACUGGAGCUGAGGUCGAGUGCCAGGCUCGAGGUAAUCCCCAACCGGAUAUCAUAUGGGUUCGUGCUGAUGGUACUGCUGUUGGUGACGUCCCUGGAUUGAGACAGGUUUUGCCAAAUGGCAAUUUGGUAUUUCCACCCUUCCGCGCCGAAGAUUAUCGACAAGAGGUUCAUGCCCAGGUUUAUAGUUGUCUUGCAACAUCUCCAGCUGGAUCAGUCCACAGCCGCGACGUCAACGUUAGAGCCGUUGUUCAGCAGUUAUAUGAGUCACGAGUCAUCGAUGAAUUCGUACUGAGGGGGAAUACAGCGACUCUUAAGUGUCUUAUUCCAAGUUUUGUCGCCGAUUUUGUCGAUGUGAUCGAAUGGCGCGCGAACGAUGGAACAAGUUAUGGGGUGAAUGAUCAAGAGGAAAAGGAUGGUAAAUACUUGGUGCUGCCUUCCGGUGAAUUGCACAUUAGGGAUGUUGGACCCGAAGACGGAUACAAAACUUAUCAGUGUAGAACCAAACACAGGCUCACUGGAGAAACAAGAUUAUCAGCUACCAAGGGACGACUUGUCAUCACCGAACCUAUCGCCAGCGCAAAACCAAAAUUCACAAUGACUGAGAACUCUCGUACAUAUACAGUGCGAUCCACUGAUGCGCUGACUCUAUUCUGUCCGGCACAGGCGUAUCCCCUUCCAGCUUUCAGAUGGUACAAAUUCCUCAAUGGGACGACACGUAGACAACCAGUACAGCUGAAUGAUCGAGUACGUCAAGUCAGUGGAACUUUGAUAAUUCGUGAGGCACGAGUUGAGGAUUCUGGGAAGUAUCUCUGCAUCGUUAACAAUUCAGUGGGCGGUGAGAGCGUGGAGACUGUAUUGACUGUAACGGCACCACUUGGGGCGGAAAUUGAACCGCGUACACAAACCGUUGACUUCGGCAGACCUGCAACAUUCACUUGCAAUGUACGAGGGAAUCCCAUUAAGACUGUUUCAUGGAUGAAAGAUGGAAAGCCACUUGGACAUGAGGAUUUGGUGUUGAGGAUUGACAGUGUCAAGAAAGAGGACAAGGGAAUGUAUCAGUGCUUUGUGAGAAAUGAUCAAGAGAGUGCACAGGCUACGGCUGAGUUGAAGUUGGGAGGACGGUUCGAGCCACCUCAGAUUAAACAGGCAUUCACUGAGGAGACAUUACAGCCAGGGCCCAGUAUGUUCUUGAAGUGUGUGGCUAGUGGUAACCCUACACCUGAAAUUACAUGGGAGCUUGAUGGGAAGAGGCUGUCGAAUACUGAAAGGCUGCAGGUUGGACAGUAUGUCAAGGUCAAUGGAGAUGUUGUUUCGCAUUUGAAUAUAUCCAGCAUUCAUACAAAUGAUGGAGGACUUUACAAGUGUAUUGCUGGAUCAAAGGUUGGCUCUGCUGAACAUUCCGCUCGUCUUAACGUUUACGGUCUUCCUUUCAUUCGUCACAUGGACAAAAAAGCCAUCGUAGCUGGGGAAACGCUGCGUGUAACAUGCCCAGUAGCUGGUUAUCCUAUUGAAAGCACCGUUUGGGAGCGCGACAACCGUGUUCUACCCAUCAACAGAAAGCAGAAAGUCUUUCCCAAUGGUACACUCAUCAUCGAGAACGUUGAAAGACACAGUGAUCAAGCCACCUACACAUGUGUCGCACGGAACGCCCAAGGAUACUCAGCACGCGGUACACUCGAAGUUCAAGUCAUGGUUGCUCCUCAAAUAGUGCCUUUUGUGAUGGGUGAUGAACCGGCGAACUGGGGGGAUGCAGUAACCGCGACUUGCACAGUCUUCAAAGGCGACUUUCCGAUUAACAUCGAGUGGUCGUUGAACGAUCAACCAAUCCACAAUAAUUAUCCUGAUAUAGUAAUAAGUACGUCGAGUAAACGCGUGAGUGUCUUAACAAUCGAUCAAGUAACAGCACGACAUGCCGGUGAAUACUCCUGCAGCGCCAGCAAUGCAGCGGGCGGAAUGAGUUACACAGCAUCACUGAGCGUCAACGUGCCACCACGUUGGAUUCUGGAGCCUACUGACAAAGCAUUUGCUCAGGGGUCUGAUGCACGAGUUGAAUGUAAAGCCGAUGGGUUUCCUAAGCCGCAAGUCACAUGGAAGAGAGCUGCUGGGGACACACCAGGCGAUUACACAGACUUGAAACUUAACAACCCAGACAUAAGUGUAGAAGAUGGAACUCUGUCCAUCAAUAAUAUCCAAAAAACCAAUGAAGGAUACUAUCUCUGUGAGGCCGUUAAUGGAAUUGGAUCAGGACUCUCUGCUGUUAUUCUCAUUUCAGUUCAAGCUCCACCUCACUUUGAGAUUAAACUUCGUAAUCAGACUGCUCGACGAGGAGAGCCUGCAGUACUGCAGUGUGAGGCACAGGGUGAAAAGCCAAUUGGAAUCCUUUGGAAUAUGAACAAUAAGAGACUGGAUCCGAAGAGUGACUCUCGGUAUACAAUUCGUGAGGAAAUUCUUGCUAAUGGAGUUUUAGCUGAUUUGAGUAUCAAACGUACUGAAAGGAGUGAUUCAGCGCUGUUUACAUGUGUGGCGACGAAUGCGUUUGGAAGUGAUGACACCAGCAUCAAUAUGAUUGUCCAAGAAGUUCCUGAGGUCCCCUAUGGUCUUAAAGUUUUAGAUAAAUCUGGAAGAUCUGUGCAACUGUCGUGGGCAGCGCCUUAUCAUGGAAACAGUCCCAUCAAACGUUAUAUCAUUGAGUACAAAAUGAGCAAGGGAAGUUGGGAGACUGACGUUGAUCGUGUUCUGGUACCUAGCUCUCAGCAGAAUGUGGCCAGUGUGUUCAAUCUGAGACCUGCAACCACUUAUCACCUUCGAAUUAUUGCUGAGAAUGAAAUUGGCACUUCUGAUCCUUCUGAUACGGUCACCAUUAUUACGGCGGAAGAAGCACCUUCAGGUCCACCAAGCGCUGUUAGAGUGGAAGCUCUUGAUCAACAUACUCUUAAGGUAACAUGGAAACCUCCGCCACGUGAAGACUGGAACGGCGAGAUCCUGGGUUACUACGUUGGCUACCGUCUAUCGUCUUCUGAGAAACCUUACAUGUUCGAAACAGUUGAAUUUUCCAAAGAGGACGGCAAGGAGCACCACCUUCAAAUAAUGAAUCUUAAAACCUAUACUCAAUAUAGUGUGGUUGUACAAGCCUUCAAUAAAGUCGGCUCCGGUCCUAUGACAGAGGAGCGCCGAGCGCACACUGCCGAAGGAGUCCCUGAACAACCCCCUCAUGACACUACCUGCACCACUCUGACCUCCCAGACCAUCAGAGUUUCCUGGGUCUCCCCACCUCUCAGUGCAGCCAACGGUGUGAUCACUGGAUAUAAAGUUAUUUAUGGACCCUCAGACACGUGGUACGAUGAGAACUCCCAAGACACGAAGAUCACCUCCUCAAGUGAGACAAUCCUCCAUGGUUUGAAAAAGUACACCAACUACUCCAUGCAAGUUCUAGCUUUCACCUCGGGAGGUGACGGCGUCAAAUCCGCCCCGAUCCACUGUCAGACUGAACAAGAUGCUCCUGAAGCCCCAAUUGCAGUGAAAGCCCUCGUGAUGUCUCCGGAAUCGGUCCUCGUAUCCUGGAGACCACCGAGCCAACCUAACGGCGUCAUUUCCCAGUACACUAUCUACACUAAGUCCGAUAAUGCUGAGGAAGCGGUCAGCCAGAAAGUUCCACCUAAUCAACUGACUUACGAAGCCACUGGACUUGAUAAACAGAGGAGGUAUGAUUUCUGGGUGACAGCCAGUACUAACAUUGGGGAGGGAGAGGCUUCAAAAAUUGUGUCGCUAGCACCUAAUACGAGAGUUCCAGCGAAAAUCGCUUCUUUUGAUGAUAAAUUCACUGCAACGUACAAGGAAGAUGUUAAGCUUCCGUGUUUAGCUGUAGGAGUUCCAGCUCCUGAGGUGACCUGGAAGGUUCAUGAUGCUAAGCUUCAGCCCAGUGACAGAUUGAGACAACUCCCAGAAGGCUCGUUGUUUAUCAAAGAAGUAGAUAGGGCUGACGCGGGAGAAUAUUCUUGUUACGUUGAAAAUUCGUUUGGACAUGAUACAGUCACGCAUCAGCUGAUUGUCCAGGCCCCACCGCAUUCUCCUCAAAUUACUUUCACAAGUACGACGACAAACUCGUUAACGAUGAAAUUGCGACCUCAUCCCAAUGAUAAUACGCCUAUUCAUGGAUACACAAUUCACUAUAAACCCGAGUUUGGCGAGUGGGAUACGGUGCAGAUCAGUUCUACUGUGCAAAAAUAUUCACUUGAAAAUCUAUUCUGUGGGUCAAGAUACCAAAUUUAUGUUACUGCUUAUAAUGGAAUCGGAACUGGAGAUAGGUCUGAUAUAUUGAAUACUAGGACUAAAGGAUCUAAACCAAUCAUCCCGGAGGCUUCCCGCUUCAUCGAGGUUUCCACGAAUAGCAUUACACUACAUCUCAAUGCUUGGUCUGAUGGAGGAUGUCCUAUGCUGUAUUUUGUGGUUGAAUACAAAAAAAAAUCUCAUGCAGAAUGGAUACAAGUAUCGAACAAUGUGAAACCAGGUGGCAAUUUUGUAGUCCUUGAUCUAGACCCAGCGAAUUGGUAUCAACUUCGUGUAACAGCUCACAAUAACGCAGGAUUCGCAGUAGCAGAAUACGAAUUUGCAACUUUAACUGUAACUGGAGGCACCAUUGCACCGGCUCGCGAGAUUCCUGAUGUUAACCGGGGCGGCAGUAGUGAUGAAGAUCCCAUGAAGAUAUUCAUGGCGAAUUUAAAUCUCGUAGUACCUGUAGUUGCUGCCCUCCUUGUUAUCAUCGUUGCCGUAAUCGUUAUUUGUGUUUUACGAGGAAGAGGACAUGGUAGAAGUGAUAAAGAUGAUGUCGUUUAUCAGCAGACUGGUGCUAUCGGUGCUACUCUAGACAAACGAAGGCCCGACCUCCGUGACGAACUCGGCUACAUCGCCCCACCAAAUCGUAAAUUACCACCUGUACCUGGCUCGAAUUACAACACGUGUGAUCGUAUCAAGCGAGGUACAGUUAUAAGUGGGACAGGCUCGUUUAGAAGUCAUUCAACGUGGGAUCCACGGCGUCACAUGUACGAAGAACUGUCGCACUGUGCCCCGAAUCGAAGGUGUCCGCCGCCACCGCUCAUGGGCAGUACAGAUGCUUUAUCUCACAGAGGUAUGGAGGAUGAAAUUUGUCCGUACGCAACAUUCCAUUUACUUGGCUUCCGAGAGGAAAUGGAUCCAAGCAAGGCAAUGCAAUUCCAGACAUUCCCACAUCCUGCCAAUGGACAUUCUGGUACCAUGGGACCCCCAGCUGGGCAUCCAACAAAUGCAUCUGCUCACAGUCGCUCUGGAUCUCAAUCAAUGCCAAGACAAAACGGUAGAUAUUCGCGAGUCCCAUCUCAAGGAGGCCAGACAGUUUUCUCUCCAGAAUACGAUGACCCUGCCAAUUGCGCUCCUGAAGAGGAUCAAUAUGGUUCUCAGUAUGGACAGUAUGGAGCUCCUUAUGAUCACUACGGAUCGCGAGGUUCUGUUGGACGUCGCAGUGUUGGUUCUGCUCGUAAUCUUCCACUCUCAAACUCACCUGAACCCCCACCACCGCCACCAAGGAACCAUGACCAGAACAACUCGAGUUUCAAUGAUAGCAAGGAAAGCAAUGAGAUUAGUGAAGCUGAGUGUGAUCGUGAUCAACUUCAGAUGAAUCGUAAUUAUGGCGUUAAUGCCCGCGGCAAGGAUGGCAUGACUACCGAGGAGAUGCGCAAGCUUAUUGAGAGGAACUCAAACGAAGUCACCGGCAGGCAAGCAGGUUCCUCCCACGGGAGUCACGGGGGACUCCUCACACCCUACGAUACUGUGGCAGUGUAAUCUGUAAAAUCGUUGAUAAACCAUUAUUAUUCGUCUCGAAAAUUAAUAUCUCCCAAAUUGCAUCAACUAAACAAUCAACUCCCGUCAUCGACUGCAACGUCGAGAUUGAUAUACGUUAUAAUCAUCAUUAACAUCACGCGUAAUCAAUGAUAAAACAAAUUUUUAUUCCUCCCUUACAACGAUUGACAUUAGUCUACCUUUUACCAUCUUUGAUAGAUAGGUUUUGAUUAAGAAUUUAUGUAUAUUUAUACUAUACACAUACAUUGGUUAUUCGUGUGAUAAUUUUUUUUAUAUCUCAUAAUGCGCAAUCUUGAAUUUUAUUUUCAUUAUCCUGAUGACGACUAUGAAUGGAAGAUCCAACAAAACAAACCAAGAAAUGGAAAGAUCAUCAUCGUUAACUAGGGAUUGCGCUUAAGGAAAUGAGUAACAUGUAUUUUAGGUCUAAAGGAUUUCGGAACUAUGUAGAGAUAACAAAACGAAUUGGUUGCUCCUUAUGACCAUGGUUGUGCCACACUGCCGCUCUCUUGUAGGCAAAACUCAACGAUAAAUGAGAUAUUCAUUUGAAUUUUCCUAUUAUUUCGUAACGAAGGUUGUGCAUCUGCUGAGAACCCAAAAUAAAUUAAAAACAAUAAUAAUAAAUCGAAGAAAGACGCGGAUGCCCCUUAAUAAUGCUUAAGUCUUUUGAGGCUCUAGAUAUCAUGUAGAAUUACCCAAAAAGUUGUCGUUAUUGUCGUCCGUUCGCACACAUGUUCUUCCGUCACGUUGGAACGUCAUACAAGUUGGUUUGUAUGAGAAUCAGAGGUGUAAGAAAAUUUAAAGACAUCUGAAUUGGGAGGAAAAUUGAGAACCAUUUUGUCCGCCGGAUGGAUCCGACGCCUCUCCUCACCCAAUAUUUAAUCCAUUAUUCCUUGCACCAUUUCACAAUUAUACAUAAAAUAUAAAUAUAUUAUAAUAUAUAAAUAACAAUUGAUUGAUUAUAAUAAAUGCGACGAUGAUGUAACUAGUUUUUAACAGACUCAAGCCAUUGGAGUCUGAUAUACAUUGAUAUUAUUCAUGGUUGAACAUAUGUAGAAUAGGACUCAAUGGUAAGAAGGUAAAUAACGAAAAGGAGAACUACAAUAUCGAAACGGGAUUCAUCAUUCACAUGAUCAAACAUUAAUUGAGUGAUAAAUGCAAAUUGCAGUAGUAAUUCUCCAAAUUCGUAUUUAUCUUGACAACAAAACACUUGAUACUCGUUUUAGCAUAUUUAACGUAGAUAUUUGGGUCGCAUUUAUUUCAUCGCCGUUUUUACAAAUGAGUCGGACGGUAAUUCAUGCAAAAUUGCCGCACUCCGAGUUUAGGGGAAUGAGGAAUGAUGACUAGAUUUUCAUUCAUUAUAACAUAUGAAUGACGUUUGGAAAAUUUCGAUAUUGGCCAUUUGAGACUUGAGUGAUAAAUAGCCAAUCAUUAGAAUUAUUUUUUAGAAAAUCGAUUGAUCAAAAUGAAUUACUAAACAAUUCCUCCUUCUCCGGCUUCGGUUCCAUCGUAUUCUUUUCUAAUCAAUGUGAUUUACAAAAAAUGCUGAGCAAGUUUGUUCGUGUCUCGUGUAUGUGUUAAGCAAAAAUCGUGCAACCCAAGAUAUAGCUGUUCGCUCUCCUAUUAAUAAUAAUAAAUAAUAUUAAUGCCAAUAAUACUACAACUGUUAUACUAAACAGAAGUAAACAAGAAUUAGAAUAAGAGUACAAUUGUAAUAGAUAUUACGACUUAAUUUCGUAAUGUGUGGAAAACUUUUCACUCAUUCAUAUGUGUUAUGUUCAAAAACCAUCAUUCACUCCCCAGCCCCCCUUUCGAUUCCUAAUUAUUUAAGAUUAAAUGAUUGAAAAGUGGAAAAUGAAACGUAAUUAUAUUAUACACAUACCUACUUCAAAUUGCACCCGACACAUUCAAGGAUCCAUUCGAUGAAAAUUAUGUGAAGUAUGUUAAGCGCAUUCAAUGGAUAUCAACGUUUCAUGAUCUGCCAAUUUUGAAAGUGCUUCUGCUUCUUAGUGUAAAAGCAUCAUUUUUUUAUACGUGCGAUUAAUGUAUGCACUUUAAGUUGUCCGUAUUUUAUUCGUUACACUAUCAAUCGCGGGCAAGGAUUGUUUGAAUAAAUUCUUGUUCCAAAUCCCCUUUCAAUGUAGUUGACAAUUUUCGAUUAUCAUUGAAUUCGUAGAUCCUGGAUAUACUGAAUUUUCUUAAUUUUGGGACUGCAAUCAAUCGGCUAUCUAUGUUCAGUGCCACAGUUUUGUUUUUAUACCAAAGUUGUAGUAUCUAACUUUACGUUGAAUAAACGAUACAUAAAAACAA